UGUUGGGUCAAAAUGGGUCGUGGAGGUGUUGGGUCAACAAGGUCCGAAUUUUUGGCCGAAGACUCCGUCGACGAUAUCAGAUAUCACAGAAAUGGGGGCUGUUUUGUUACCACCAAAAGGGCAAUUGCCUUCGUUUUGGUCGCUGUUAUCUCCUUGCUCUUGGUGGUGAUCCUCAUGUACUAUUAUGGACCCAGUAGGAAAUUGGAAACGUUGCAAGACGACACGAAAGACAUCGAAGAGCUGAUAAACAAGACAAUAAAUGAAGAGCCUGAGGAAAACAUUCGACUACCAACAAACUUAAAACCGCUUCAUUACCGACUGAGAAUUUUCCCGAUUUUGGACGAGUUUUCCCCCGAGAAUUUCACUUACACCGGAGAAGUGAAAAUAAUCAUUCGUUGUCUAACAAAAACCAACAAAAUAGUUCUCAAUUUGGAGGAUUUAGAAGUGACAGAACACAACGUUACAGUUUCAACACUAAAAACCACAAUUUUACGUUACGAAAGUUUGGAUAAAGAAAGUGAUAAAGACCAGCCUGAAAUCUACAUGAAAAACUCGACUCAUAACAGUUCGGUGAUAAUCGUCGAAAGCGAGAAUAAUUCCACAGAUGAAAUCCUCAUUGGAGCUGAAGCAAAAUCGCUCAUAAUCCAAGAAGUUUACAAAGAAGACAAUUCCAAACUUUACAUCACUAUGAAAAAUUUGCUGGAAAGUGGGCAUAAUUACACGAUUAAUGUCAAAUUUUCCGGGAAUAUUACUAAUAAUCUAGCGGGGUUUUACCGGACGAGUUAUAAAGACUUGUUGGGGGAGAAAAAGUGGUUAGCGACGACUUAUUUUCAGCCGAUUUUUGCACGAAGGGUUUUCCCCUGUUUCGAUGAACCGAAUUUUAAAUCGUCGUUUGAAAUUAGUGUUGCGAGGAGGACUAAUAUGACAGUGAGGUCGAAUAUGCCUCUGAGGGAAACCGAGCCCAUCCCUGAGAGGCCAGGCUGGGUCUGGGACCACUUCGACAAAUCCCUCCCAAUGCCCACUUACCUCCUCUCCUUCACAAUUUGCGACUUCCACAAUUUGCACUUAAAUUCAUCCGAAACCGGCCCUGUAAUCAACCUCUGGGCCCCCCAAAGCGACCUACCCAAAGCGAAAUACGCCCUCGAAGCAGCCCAGAGCAUCUUAAUCUUCUUGGAGGAUUAUCUAGGGAUUAAAUAUCCCCUCCCCAAAAUCGACCUUUUAGCCGUCCCAAACUUCGCCAGAGGCUCAAUGGGGAGUUGGGGCGUCCUCUCCUUCCAAAAAUCCUCAAUCCUCCUCGAGGAAAACUCCCGAAACUGGGAGUUGAAACAACACAUUUUCAUCGCUUUGGCACACGCUUUGGCACACCAAUGGUUCGGGAAUUUGGUCACGAUGAAAUGGUGGAACGAUUUGUGGCUAAACGAGGGAAUUGGGAGUUUCAUAGCCGAAGUUGUGCAAACUAGUUUGAAACCGAGGUGGCAAAGCAGCAACGAUUUUCCCGUAAGAGUCAUGUAUAAAAGCUUCAGUUUGGAUAGUUUGAAAUCGACUCAUCCAAUUCAAACCGAUUUUACUAAAACUGUUCAAAUUGAGCAAAUUUUCGAUACGAUUAUACAAAGUAAAGGGACGAGUUUGAUUCGGAUGUUGAAUUAUACGUUGUCAAGGCCGGUUUUCCGACAAGGACUUCAAUACUAUUUGAAUAGUUUGUACGUUAUUUAUUAUACAGGGUGUGCCAGAAAUCGCGCUCCAAUGUUUUUGGCUUUUAUCGUUCUCGAGAUAUGUUAUUUCCGGGUAAACUACGACACCCACAACUGGAACCUCCUAACCCGCCAACUCUUCCUCAACCCCUCUGAAAUCCCCGUCGCAAGUCGCAGCCAACUAAUCGACGACGCUUUCGAACUCGCCCAAAUGGAAAUCAUCAAUUACAGCAUCCCUCUUCGACUCACCAAAUACCUCACAUGGAAAGAGUCCAAUUACAUACCAUGGACCACAGCCCUCAGCAGUCUCGAAGAAAUCCGAUUCAUUAUCAACAAUUACGAAUACACUGGAGCUUUCGAACGCUACAUGACCCUCCUUAUCAGACACAAAUUCGAUUCGUUGGGAACACGAGAAAAACCGGGGGAAUCCCAAAACGACAAAAUCCUGAGAUGGAAAUUGAUCAAAAUCGCGUGUGAACUGAGAUAUGAGCCUUGCAUUCGGUGGGCGCAGAAGGAGUUUUCCGAAUGGAUGGAAAAUGCUGAUCCUGAUACGAAAAAUCCGAUUCCGUUUGAGUACCGCCAGACUGUGCAAUGCAUUGGGAUUAAAACAGGGAGUUUGCAUGAGUGGAAUUUCCUCUGGAAUCGCACUCUUGUCCCUCAAAUAUCCCCAGCUGAUUUGAAAAUUGCCUAUUUGAGUCUGGGUUGUACACACGAUCCGUGGCUUAUCAACAAGUACUUGGAGUUGUCCUUGAGUGGGAAUAUUACCCUCGAAUAUAUUCCCUAUGUGUGGCAAUCGAUAAAUCACUUGGUUGGAAUUCGAACAGGUUUUCACUUCUUGAGAUUAAACUGGGAACGUGUUUACAAUUCUUAUGAGGAUGUUGAUUUGGUACUUAAUUCGAUUUGCCAAGAUUUUCUCGCUUAUUUAUCCACCGAGAUUGAUUUACAAGAUUUGACUCAAUUUUAUAAACUCCACCAGAAGGAUUUAAAAUCAGUGGCAACACUGAUGCAAGCUGCUGUUGAUUUGAUCAAGAUUCGAAUCAGUUGGAGAGAAAGACACUUGAAUUCAGUCGUCGCAUGGUUGACGAAUAAAUAACUCUGUUUGUGUUUUUGUAAUAUAUUGUUGAUUAAUUUAAUAAAGUAGUAGUAAGGAA